UUUAGUUUUAAAGUUAUUAAAAUAAAUCUGUCUAGUACUUUUUAUUUAAAUCAUGGAAAGCGACAGUCCAAACAUUCAAAAAUUUGUUAAACUCAUUCAAGAUAGGAACGACAGCGAAAUUUUUAACAUGCUGAAAGAUGGAUUUGAUCCUAAUAGUUAUUCAAAUCAAUUGGAUUGUCAUUUAUUUCACUUAAUAGUUGGUGAUGAAUGUGAAGAGUUUGCAAAGAACUGUGCAUACCAUUGUAUUACUUAUGGGGCAGAUCCCAAUUUAAGAGAUUCUGAAGGAUUGACACCAAUGCAUGUUUGUGCAUUAUGGGGACGAAUAAAUGUCUUCAAGCUACUUUUAUUGAAAGGAGGUGAUCCAUUUAUAAGAGAUGAUGAUGGCCUAGAUUGCUAUGCAUAUGCUCUUAAAGAAGGACACCUUGGUAUAAUACAUACAAUACUUACAUAUAAAACUUCACCAGAAAUUGAAAAAGAAAGCGAUAAUAAGUGCAAUUUAGUCAAUGAAUGUUUUGAAGAAUAUGCCAGAAAUGGUAAAGUUUCAGAUGUGUCAAGAUUAUUCAAUGAAAUGUUGAAUAAUAAUAUUGAAAUUAUAGAUGAUUGUGUUGAAUCACACAAUGAUGCCAGCUGUCCAGGCAAUACUGGUUUAUUAAAUGAAACCCCUUUUAUACAAUCAGAAAUAAUUGAAUGUACUGAAAACAGUAGUGAUGUGGCUUUGACUAUUGCAGAUAAAACUAGUUACCCUUCACAAAAUUCAAAUGUUUUUUUGUCAUGUGAGUCACAUAUUUCUCAUGCUGCUUCUCAACGAAGCAACAAUAUUAUUCCUGAAGAUUAUGUAAAUUUGAGCAUCAUUUCAAAUGAUGAAAGUAUUGUAUCAAUAUGCAAUGAGAAUUUGGUAUCAAAUUCAAUUGAUGUUGGCAGUUCUUCAGCGCGGUCAAAAAAUUCUUUAAACCAUUUUGUAAGCGGUAUCUAUUGUUUAAGUAGUAAAGCUAAUGUGUCUAUGCUUCAAGAUAGUAAAUAUUUGCAAAGUGAUGAUGAGAUUUCCUGUAUUUCAAAUAUAUCAAAUGAUUUGUCACAAAAUACUACUUCUUCUCUUUAUCAAACUAAUCCUGAUUUAUUUAAAAAUGUUACUAUAAGAAAACCAUACAAAUCCAUGUUUAACAGCAUAUUAGAUUUUGUAAAAUACUUUCCACCUCCUGCAUUGACAAUGAACAAAUCAAAUUGGUUUGAAAGUCGCAGAAAAAAAUUUGAUAAGCAUGAUUCAGAAUCAUUGGUAAAUGGUAUGAAUGAUAAAUCAUCAAACAUUAAAACUGAGAAUUCAAUGUUUUUAAAUUCAAAAUUACUAAAAAUUCUGGAUAAUACUGAGAGAAGAAACAGUUUAAAUUCAGAAAGUCCAAAUUGUGAUAAAAUUGAUAGUACUUCAAUCACUGAUGCGGAAAUUGAAAAAUUGAAAUCUGAUAUUCAAAAUCAUUUAUCUAUAUAUUUUCAUCAAAACUAUGAUAAUAAUAGUCAUUCGAAAUCAAUUGAAAAUAAUGAAAUUGCAAAAUGUACUACAACUCAUGAUGUGGAUUUGAGAAAUACAUUUGAAGUAGAGUUUGUAAGAAAUAAGAAUUAUUUGGCACCACCAAGUAGAUUAAGAAUUGAUCCCAUAGAAGAUUUAACGUCAGAUUCGUUUGUUGGAGUUGCUGAAGAGAAAAAGUUUAUAAUUGAUGAAAUUGGUGCUGAAUUAGUGGAACGGAGAUUUUUGGUGAAACCAUGUGUUUCAGAAAAUGAGGAUACAUUUACCAGUGUGAGCACUGAUUACUCUUUACCAAAUUCUGAAGAUUAUGAUACGGAUAAUUUGAGGAAAGAUUUGAAUGCAUAUGGUUUGAUUCCAGGGCCUAUCAAUAAAUUCACUAAAAAAGUAUACAUAAAAAAAAUCUUUAAGAUGAAGAGAAAAGGGGAGAGAUAUGUUGAGGAAAAUUUGCAAAAUGUUUACUCGUGGGAGCUUGCCAAAGCCCUGAAGGAUGUGAGCUGGAUAGAAAACAUAUCCAAAUUAAUAGCAUUUGAUGAAACUGUAUCAAAACAAUUUUCAAAUGUUGAUUCGACAAAAAAAUGGAGGGGAGGUCUACAGAAAGCAUCCUUUACAUAUCUUCUAAUGGAUCCCAGGAUAACAAAUAAUUUACCUGCAAGAUUAGCAGUAAUGAAUUUGGAUAAAAUGGGCAUUAUGAAAGAAGCUUGGCCAAUAUUCAUCAAUUCCAUUUUUUAUGUAGGUAAAGGUGUGAGAUCACGCCCUUACGCUCAUUUGUAUGAGGCAGUUGAAUUAUGGUGUAAAACCGAGAAAAAAAGUAUACAAUCAGAAAGGAAGAAGAUAAAUCGUAUACUAGAUAUUUGGAGAUCUGGACAAGGUAUAAUAUGUUUAAAUGUAUUCCAACAUGUUAUUCCUGUUGAAGCUUUCACUAGAGAAGCUGCCAUGAUUGAUGCAUUGACUUUGAAGAAAUUAACAAAUUUAAAAUCAGGGGAAUAUUAUGGAAUUGCGAGUAGUUGGUCAUCUAAAGAAAAGAAAAAUUUUGGAGUUUAUCUUUUGUAUCGAGCUAUGAAUAUAUUUUUGCAUGAGGGUGAAAGACAUAUACAUCCAUCAGAUAUCAAGUAGAUGAAGUAAAAAAUAUCAAGAAUAAAUAUCAGUUAAUUUAAUAGUGUAAUUUAAGUGAUAAUGUGUCACACAUGCUAG